AUGUCCGAAUCAACCCAUAAGUUUGUCCGCGAAGAAGUCGAAGAGCGCCAUCACAGAUCGACGAUGGAUAGACGUCUUGGACUCAGACCACCACACUUUUCGCCUUUCUUCAAUCACAGCAGCAGAUUCUUCGAUGAUUUCGAAUUCGACCGAUUUGGACUCCGACCAUAUUGGGCUGAGCAAACUCUCCAAAAUAGUCAUCGCAUUGGUGAUGGAGUUGACCUUGUCAAUAAUGAUAAGGAGUACAAUGUGACUGUCGACGUCUCGCAAUUUGCUCCAGAAGAGCUCAAAGUGAACAUUGUCGAUAAUCAGCUGAUCAUCGAGGGAAAGCAUUCGGAGAAGGAGGACAAAUAUGGAACUGUUGAGCGUUUCUUUGUCCGCAAGUACACGUUGCCGGCUGGAGUUCGUCCGGAGAACAUCAAAAGCGAGUUGAGCAAGGAGGGACUUCUGACUGUCAAGUACGAGAAGCAGCCGGAAGAGAAGCCAAAAUCUAUUCCAAUUACUAUUGUUCCAAAACCAAACUGA